AUGAAUUAAAAUUAGUAAAAUAGUAAAAACCCAUCAGAUUUGAGAUAGGGGGAAUAUAUUAGAGGAUAAAUGUUUGAAGUUAAAUAAAGAUCUUUUAAAAAAAUGGAAAGCGGAGAAGAAUUAAUUAUAAAUUUUGAAAGUUCUCAUACUUCUAUUUAAAAAAAUUUAGAGAAUAUUAAUAAUAAUCAUCAUAAUGAAAAAGGGGAAAUAGUUUUCGAUAUGAAUACUUUUAGGAAAAACUUUGAAGAGGAACUCAAUACAAAAGAUUACUCACCUAUUUCUAAGAUAAAAGGGUCUCCAAGCAAAACUUUUAUUUAGUAGGAUGUAGAUUCUAAUGAGUAAAAGGAAUUAAAUUUGAAAAAAAGUAGUGAAAUUUAAAGCAGUUAACAAAGCCCUUCAAGCUCUAAGUAAAGUGAUUAAAUUAAUGAAAAUUCAUCAAUGAAACAGUCUAAAAAUAAAGAGAGUGAGAGAAAAAAUACAUUUGAAGCAUUUAAUAAAAAUGAAACUCUGAUGAUUAGGAUGCUUUCAGAUGAUUAAUAUUAAAACAAGAAAAUUGAGAAAAUAAUUGAGCCUAUUAAAUCUAUUAAAUCGAAUCGUAGAAUAUUAAAUGAAAGUAACACUCCAGUUGCUAGAGGAUUUACACAAAAGAAGAAACCUCUAGAUGAAAUUUGGAAGAAAAAAGGUCUUAAUAUACUAUUUCAUGUAAAAAAGUACAUAAUGCUAUUAAAAAACAUAUCAUCUCACAAUAACUUCAGAUCUCUAAGCAAAAAUUAGUUUGAAAUAAUAAAUGAUAAGGCUAACUAUUAUAGCUUCUACAAAUACAAUAAUUAUUUAGUUAAUGCACAAACUUCUUUUAUAGAAAAAAUUGCAUUUAUGGGAAGGUAAAGAAUUAAAUUCUUGAACUCAAAAUUAAUUUAGAUAAUUUAUAAUUAUUUUAUAAAUAACUUGAUCAUAAUAAACCCAGAAUCAGUUUACAAAUUAUUGUGGGAUGGCUUUGUACUAUUUUUGCUUGUAAUAAAUAUUUUCUAUGUCCCCCUCAAAAUUGCGUUCUAAGACAGUGGAGGAUUAUAAUGGCCUUAUUUAUUGACUGUUUUCUUAAAUGAUAUUCCUGGAUGGGUGUUUCUUGGUGAUAUAAUUUUAAACUUUUUUACUGCUUUCUACAAAAAGGGAGUUAUUAUUAUGGAAUUUAAAACAAUAGCAAAAUGGUAUUUUAAAAACUAAUUCUUCUUCGACUUGUUUGUAUUCUUGCCAUUUAUUCUAUCGAAAUACUUUGCUAUAAAAUAUCUUGAUGCUAUUUUGAUCCUGCGUUUUAACAAGAUACUAAAAAUAGUCAACAAUUACUUCGACUUACUUAACUUAAAAAGUGAUUAGGCAGCUAUAUUUGAUUUAAUUAAGCUCAUCUUUUUGAUUUUAUUUAUAGCUCAUUUUUGUGGAUGCGCAUUCUAUCUUGUAUCUUAUAUUGAAAUAUAAUAUGGAGACUACUCUAACUGGCUUACACAUUCAUUUAAAAUUACAGAUCCGAAUUCUUCAGAUUGGUUUCCAUGCUAUAUAGCUUCAUUUUAUUGGGCUGUUAUUACUAUGAUUACAGUUGGUUAUGGUGAUAUUACUCCAACAACUACUGUAGAGAGAAUUUUUGUUAUUUUAAUUUGCCUUGUGGGCUGUGGUGUUUUUGCUUAUAGUGUAAACUCAAUAGGUUCUAUUAUAAGUGCAAUAACAUAGAAAUCAACUAAUUUUAGAUAAAAAAUGUCUCUACUAACAAUUCAUAUGAAAAAAAGAGGACUCAACACUGAAUUGUAAAUGAAAGUCAAAAAAUACUUUGAAUAUUUAAAUGAUGAAAAAUUAGAAGACAACCAAGAAGGAGAAAAUAUGCUUAAGGAACUUGCCAGUUCUCUUAAGCAUGAAAUAGCUGUAGAUAUAUAUGGAAAAAUUUUAAACUAAAAAAAAAUAUUUUUCUUAAAUUUCACCUAACCUUUUUUAAUGGACUUAGCUCCAAAGUUGAAAGAAAAAAGACUGGGUCCUGAAGAAAUAAUCUACAAUGAAGGAGAAAGCUAACCUAGAAUAUACUUUGUUAUGAAAGGCAGUGUAAACCUAUUUAUAAAUGUAAAGAAAUCUAAUCAAUAACCUUACACAAUACUAAAAACUGUUUCAAAAAAUGGAGUUUUUGGAGAAUUAGGAUUUUUUUCAGGAAUGGUUUCGAAUCAUGGCGCCAUAACAACAAAUGUAGUUUCUCUAGUUUAUAUUAACAUAGAAGAUUUUUUGGAAGUAGUUAAACACCAUCCUUUAGAUCAUGAAAAAUAUAAAUUCUUAUCAGAUAAUUAUGUUAUUUAUAGUAGUUCAAGAGGUUUAGGUAGCUAAUGCUAAGGUUGUGGAAAGUUUACACAUUAAAUAGAUCAUUGCCCGUUAUUAAACUAUGUCCCAAACAAAGACUAAAUUAUUUAAAAGCAUAAAAGAACUGAGGAUUAAAUAAGAAUCAAAGAAUAUAAAAGAAAAAGAGAUAAAUCUUAAUCUCCUUGGAUAAUUGCUGAUAGCUUAAAAUAAGCAGUUCUAUAAUUAAUAGUAGAGGUAGAAGAAAUCAAGGAUAUAGAAGAUUUAUAUCACAGAUUAGAAGAAAUGGAGAAUAAUGAAGACGAUUAUGAUGAUGGUAAUAGCAGCGAGCAUACUGAGAAAAAGUCUCAAAAAAAUUUAGAUGUAGCAUUUAACAUCAAAGACACUAAGAGCAUUACUCAGAAGCAAGAGGAAAAGGGAGAAAUAGAAUUAAUCAAUAAAAUUAUACGAAGAGGAAGAAGAUAAUAAACAUAUAGGAAAGUUUAAGUAUAAACUAUACAGCACAAAGCUAGUUUUACUAUUUAAGCUGAUAACAUAAAAAGUUAACCAGUUUAAAGAAAGUAAAGUGAAGUUUUAGAUGAUUCUUUGAAUCUACAUUAAGAAGAUUAACAGAUUAGCAAUAGUACAACUUCAUAUAAGGAUAUUAGAGCAUAGAUUAAAAGAGCUACUUUUAUUAAAAAAAUGUCAACCAGAAAAACAGGAGGUGGUAAUAAUAGCACAGCUUUAGAUGAAGAUAACUUAGGGCUUUUACCUGAAGCAGACUAUAGGAAGAUAUCUAUUAGAAAAGGAGCAGGAAAAACAUUCUAAAAUUCGGUUAUGAAUAAUUUAAUUCCAAAAUAAUUAACAAAUGCUGAAUUAGAAGAAUAAAGAAUAGAACAAGAAAAAAAUCUAAGAGUUUUCUCUAAAAUAUUAGACUUAGAUAUACCAAAAGAAUAUAAAUAAUACUAUCCAUUUAAUAAUAAAUCAAAUGUAAUUCUCUUAUAUAACUAGAGAUUAAGGGUAGUAUAAAAGUAAAAUUCUUCUUAAUAGCAAACAAAAAUAGAUAACCCAAGAAACAUAAAAGAAAUUUAUAAAAAUAUUAAAAAUAAAAGAAACUCAAUCUAAAUUUUAAACAAGUAAAAUUUCUCCUUUGGAAGUUAAUUAAUGACACCAAAAUCGUCAAGCAAUAGAAUUUUAAGGAAGUAGCCAGCAUUUAGUAAUUUUAGCUCUAAUAUUAAUAAUCAAAAUAAUAAUAAUAAUAAUAAUAAUAAUAAUAAUGUGAAUGUACAUCCUUCAAAGUUUAAAUAUGCUUAUGAAGCCAGUUCUAGUAAUGAUAGUCCUAUUAAUUGA